AUGCCGGUGGACCUCACCCCGCCGCGGGCGAGGAGAUUCCGCAACAGCGUCCAUCCGAACCCAGGAGCCACCAGGGUGCCCAACGGGAGGGCCAGUGAUCCAGAUGUUGCCAGCACUCUCGUCCACGGAAACAGCAUCCAAGACGGGGACACCUACAUUUAUUUGAUGAUAUAUUUUCACCCUUCAAAGACCGUGGCCGAGGUGGAGAGGGAAGCUCAGGAGGGACACGAGGAUGACCUUCCCAGCCACAACGCCGAAUUUGUUGUUGUUGGAGAGUUGUUCCGCUCCAGGCGCUGCCUGAUCAACACAGUGCGACACCGCCUGAGGAUAGACGACUUCCAGCUCUUCCCCAGCUUGCUGAGAGCGUUCAGGAACUAUGACGAGGCGGGCACGGGCCGGAUCCCCAAAGAGGACCUGCUCGCCGUGUGUCGCCAGUUCCGGCUGGACGUGAUCACGCCGGCUCUGGGCAAGCUCAUGGAGACGGACCACGACGGACUCGUCGACAUCCGGCAGGUCGUCUACUUGCUCAACUGGAAGGACGAGAAGCCCGACGACGGGCGAGACCAAAGCCCGACGACGACUCGGCAGCUUUCGCCCGCGCGGGCCUCAGCCUCCCGUGCCUUCGGGGUCCCGUCCGUGGGCUCCGACCUUCUGGCGCCGGGCAUCAGGAGAGUCGACUACACCAACGACUCCAGGGACCGGUCCACGGUGGCGGAGCUUGGACCUUUAGAAUGCCCUCGCAGCAAGGAGGAGAUUCAACUUGGUAUCCACUGUUGGCUUCCUCAUCUUCCCGAGGAGAUGUUCGAGGAAGCCUGGAGUCUGGCGGUGGCGAAGCAUCCGGCCGGCGAGGUGUCCGUCAAUAGAUUCGAUGAGGCACUCGAGGAAAUAAUAAAAGCGACUUGGCAGCUUUCGCCCGCGCGGGCCUCAGCCUCCCGUGCCUUCGGGGUCCCGUCCGUGGGCUCCGACCUUUCGGCGCUGGGCAUCAGGAGAGUCGACGACACCAACGACUCCGUGGACCGGCCCACGGUGGCGGAGCUUGGACCUUUAGAAUGCCCUCGCAGCAAGGAGCUGAUUCUACAUGGUUUCCGCGCUGUGUUUCUUCAUCUUCACGAGGAGAUGUUCGAGGAAGCCUUGAGUCUGGCGGUCGCGGAGCAUCCGACCGGCGAGAUGUCCGUCAAUAGAUUUGUUUGA